CCGUCCCCCCCGCGGCCAUGGACGUCCUCGACCACAGGGCCCACCGCGACGACAUCCCCCUCGUCGACGGCCCCUACCCCUUGGCCACCGAGGAGCUCGGCCCUCCCCACUCCAUACCAAGUGGCAGCGCCCCCGCCCCUAGAAUGGACGGAGAACCCACCGGCUACACGCUCAUGGUUGCAGGACGCCGGUCGGGCAAGACCUCCUUUCUACGCCUCCUCCUCGAUACCAGCUGUGUCUCUCACACCGUCACCAUGGACCAGCUCGCGUCCGUCGCCAAGUUCGUCCAGGGCUGCAGCGGCCAUACCUCGCACGUCAGGACCGUGUCCAUCGACGUCACCUUCGCGCUCGACGACGCAGACGACCCGCGCCCCCUCAACCUCACGCUCAUUGAUACGCCCUCCCUCGACUUUGACGACGAGCCCUCGUCCCAGAGAGCCGUUGCGGAGAUACUCAGACACGUAGACGCGCGUUUCGCGGAGAGCGUCGACGACGAGCGCAAGGCUCAGACCGGCCAUCAUCAUGUUCAUCUGUGCAUCUACUUUCUGGACCCAGAAUCCAUAGUCCCUCCUUCCGUGUCAGCACCCCCGGUCCCUAUUGUAGCACGCGCCCGUACGAACAGUCUUUCCAUGCAAGAUUCCGAGCCAGUCAUUCUGGAACCACCUGUAACGACGAAUCCGCUUCUCUGCCGCCCGACAUUGCCCGCGGAGGACAUUGCAACCAUUCGUCGGCUGUCCGCCCGUGUGAACGUCCUGCCUGUCGUCGCGCGUGCGGACAUGCUCACGAAUGAUCGUCUAGCCGCUGUCAAAAUGGCCAUCCGCAGGGACUUGGCGGAAGCCGGCAUUGGGUUUGGAAUCUUCGACUUGGACACGUUCCCCCAGUAUCCACAGUAUCAGCGUCGAGAUUCUACAGACCUGACACCCAAGCUCUCGGAGCCGACGAACGGGUACGCCAGCCACACCAACGGCGCGUCUUCGACUGCAACGUCCCCUCCCUCGACGCCGAUGUCCCCGUCCUUCUUACGCCUGCCAUUUGCUCUGAUCUCCCCAGAUAUUUAUUCGCAUAGCGACGGGGUUUCUAGACCGACUCCAUCUCGUCACGAGCUUGCACUGCAAUACACUCCUUUGCAACAGUAUUCUAAUGGCAGAUCUCCGACGCUCUCUAAAAUUGUGCUAGGAAAGUUCACGCGGAGCUAUAGAUGGGGUUUUCUCGAUGUCAUGGACGUGAAUCAUUGCGAUUUUGUAUAUCUACGCGGGGCCAUUUUUCAUCACAUGCAGACACUUCAAAAGUAUACCAGAGAGUACCUCCUCCAAAAGUUCAGAGCAGAGGUGCCACAACCUCUUCACUCGCUACCACCGACUCGCGCGGCACAACCGUCUAUGCCAAUGCCGACCAGACUCCCGCCUCUCUCGCAGGCCUCACGACCGAUCCUCGCAAUAGAUACGACUCAUGGGGCCCCUCAACAACAUCUCCCGUCUCAGCCGGUCGCCCGUCCUAGUAUCACGUUGAACGGUGAUGGCGCUUCGCCUCCUGUCAUGGCGUCUCAACCUACUGCGAUGCUCUCGGAAACGUCUCCGGCAACACCGCCGUCUACGAAAUCACAACGUGGCCGAGCGAAGAAGAUCACAGUCGCGUGCAAUUUCUGCCGCUCUCGUAAGCUCAAGUGCGACGGCGGGAGACCGGCAUGCAGCCAAUGCUUCAAGCGGUCACAUCCGUGCGAUUACACGACCAGUAACAAGCGCCGUGGCAACGCGAAGUCGCGGAAACAGUUCGGGGGCAGUGAGAGCGAGGGCGAGAGCUUGGAAGAGCAGUCGACAUUGGAUAUGGAGAACGCCUCGCAGUCACCUGAGGUCGUUUCUCAAACUCCCUCGCGGCGAAACUCGAACGUGAGCAUGCUGCUGACAGAGUCGCUCCCGCCGUUGAGCAGCGCGAUCGACCGGGCGGACGACCAGUCGACGGUGUUGCCUCCCAUUACGAACACGACAUCGAUGGGUGCAAUGUCUACGGAGGCGCGGCCGGAGCUCCCGCCUAUCGUGACGCUUUCUGUCCCACCUGCCAGCAUGCAACGAGAGGAUCCGGCAGGGAACGGUCAGAUGACGCAGCGGCGGCGGGCCUCAUCCGCGGCGUCAGGCAGGCCUACCGGGCGGUCCAGUCAUGGCUCGAAAAUUGUGGCCUGCAAUGUGUGCCGAGCGCGCAAGACGAGGUGCGAUGGCGCGCAUCCGACGUGUGGGAGCUGCGCCAGGCGCUCGUUGGCGUGCAGCUACGUAAACGACCCGUCGACGAGCAGGAGUCGUGGUAGUAGGGGUGCUGGUGUCACUCCGGGGCCGUCGACGUCAACGUCGUCCCGCUCUUCGCCCACCGCUCCGUUACAUUUUACGUCGUCAAGACCACUGACUCCGCGAGGAUAUACCCGCACCAUCCUCGCAGUAGAUAUGAGCGCUGCCGACCAAGUUGGACAGCCGAUGAAGAAAAUGCGGAUGGCCGACGACGGCCGGGCGACCAUCGCGGUCGCUCAAGCGCCGUAAGCAGCCUUCCUCGUGCGCGGGACUGUUGUAGAGUUUUUCCACUGUCAUCUGUACUGUCCUUUCUUCUGCUGCAUUGCUUGGGUUUAUGAGAGUCCGUUGUCACCAAAUGGGGUGUGUACCAUAGUUAUAUAUAUUGACAUCAAAAUCAAGAAUCAACGUGCUGG